AUGGAUGAUAGACUACGCACCGGAUCCAGGGCUUCCCCGGUUGUGUCUGAACCGUCGAAUGAUGAGAGGAUCUCUAGAAGAUUGUCGAGGCGAACGUAUAGGCAGUCCCGGCCUCUCAUCACAGAUGUUGAGCAGCCGACCGAAGGCCGCGCUGUUCCGGAAACUGAGGAGAAGGCGAACUGGCCGCUUCCGCCGGGCCCUGUGGAAACUGAGAAAGGCGACCCGCAGGCUCAACAAAAUACCGCGAAAACCGACGAAAGUGUUGUUCCACCCGGUAGUGCGGUGACCACCGAGGGGACUGAACAGGUGCCCCUACGGCCCUCUGAGGAAACCGGCGAGAGGGGACUUAAAACCGGUGCUAAGGACAAUGACACCGAGGAGAAUGUUCCAUCAGUCCAAAACAAAAGCAAUGAGGAAUCAAACAAGGGCAAGUCUCGAUCCAAUAACACAGAAACCGGUGAGGGUGAAGCUGGCGGGGCCAAGCAAAAACGCAGCAGAUUCAAGGAAGGCCUUUCGCGUUUUUCUUCAUACCUCAACAACCUCAAAACCCUGGAGUGCCUCAAGUACCUCAACGACGUCGACUUUAUCUACUAA